UCUACUUCUUUCUCUAACCCAUGGCUGGCGCCUGGCGGUUGCACUUACAGGCGUAGGCGUGAGCGUGAGUGUGAGUGUGAGAUUAAUUGUCUUCUCGUUCUAAGGAACAAAGUGGAGAAACCCUAGAAAGAGGAUGUAAAGAUGUUUAGAGUUUCUGGAAGGAGACUCUCUUCUCUGUCAUGGCGUCCUAAGCAGACAGCUUCGGUGAUCGUCUCCAGGAAUUUAAUCGGCAGAGAUGCUGCCUCGGAUGAAUCCAGACCUAUCUCUUCUACCCAUGAAUUCUACUUCAGAUCGGCAUUUCGUAAUGCGUUCAAAGGGUUUGCUUCUGAAUCACUUGCUCCAAGACAUGAUCUUGGGAUGAUCUCAGACCUUCCACCCACUGUAGCUGCUGUGAAGAACCCAACCCCAAAGAUUGUUUAUGAUGAGUACAACCAUGAGCGUUUGCCCCCAGGUGGUGAACCUGAAAAGAAGGCAUUUGCCUACCUAGUCUUGACAGGUGGGAGGUUUAUAUACGCUUCCCUGGUUCGGCUCUUGAUCCUCAAAUUUGUACUCAGUAUGUCUCCCAGCAAGGAUGUUCUGGCCCUUUCCUCCUUGGAAGUUGACCUCUCAGGCAUUGAACCAGGGAGUACUGUGAAGUGGCGUGGGAAGCUAGUGUUUAUAAAGCAUAGAACCGGAGAAGACAUUAAGCUGGCCAACAGUGUUGACAUUUGGUCUUUAAGGCAUCCUGAGAAGGAAUCGGAGAGGGUUAAGAAACCAGAAUGGCUUGUUGUCAUUGGUGUCUGUACCCAUCUGGGUUGCAUCCCUUUACCCAAUGCUGGGGACUAUGGAGGGUGGUUUUGCCCAUGCCAUGGCUCCAACUAUGACACAUCAGGUAGGAUACGCAAGGGCCCUGCACCCUUGAACUUGUUGGUACCUGCUUACACCUUCUUGGAUGACUACAAGAUACUGGUUGGAGUGGAAAAUAUAUGAUGAGGGUUCUUUUUCCCUCGUCGUUUUUAAAUAGGAGCAUUUCCUUGGGACGUUUUACACUUUUCUUUUCUCCCCCCCCACAAAAAUCGUAUACAGUUUCCUUGUUCUUUCUUGGUUCUGUACAGUUCAGUAACAAAAACCUUUUUUUUCCAUUAAAGUGAAACUAGCAUCCACAUUACACGCUAAGUUUAGAGAUUCUAGAGUUGGAAUUCUUGGGAAACAAGGAGUUUGAGCAGUGGGAACUGGGAAGUUCCAUUCAUU